ACGCUGGUCUGCCAUGGAUCCCCGCCCCUCUCUCCAGGAUGUCAAAACUCUUCCGUCUUUUCUCCCCUCUCAUCUUCAGCUCUCCUCCUCCUCCUCCUCUGUCGCUGACCCCAUAACUCCCCAGGAGCUGCAGCAGUUUCGCCGCUUCCAGCAGCUGCAGCUGCUGCAGCAGCAGCAGCAGUGGGGCUCUGGUGUCCUUCUACAUCGACCAAGUCUUGCAGCGGUUCGACAUGGCGCAGGCGAAGCCGGUUACCACUCCCCUGCAGACCGACCACCAGCUUGCCCCUCCUCCUGCUCCCUCCUCCUCUGACCAUCCUUACGCUGAGCUCGUCGGCUCGCUGAUGUACGCUAUGAUGUGCACCCGCCCCGACCUUGCCUACCCCAU